AAUUUGUCCGUCUGAAAACGUUUUUCCACAUUAAGCAAUACGGUUAACUAUUAAUUUAAUAUUUUAUUAUUCCUGAGAAACACAUUAAAAAAUAAAGAUGUUGGACAGUUUAUUUGAUGAUGUGAAGCGCAUGAACAAAAGACAGUUUAUCUACCAAGUUUUAAGUUUUGGUAUGAUAGUGUCGUCAGCAUUGAUGAUAUGGAAGGGUCUAAUGGUGGUAACUGGCAGUGAAAGUCCGAUAGUUGUUGUACUAUCUGGUAGUAUGGAACCAGCUUUUCACAGAGGCGAUCUAUUGUUUUUGACCAAUUACCCGGAGGAACCCGUACGUGUCGGUGAAAUUGUAGUCUUUAAAGUAGAGGGACGAGAUAUCCCGAUAGUCCACAGAGUUUUAAAACUUCAUGAAAAAAACAAUGGGACAGUAAAAUUUCUUACCAAAGGUGAUAACAAUAGUGUUGAUGAUCGAGGUUUAUAUGCACAAGGACAAUUAUGGUUGACAAAGAAGGAUGUAGUAGGUCGUGCACGAGGCUUUUUACCUUAUGUAGGAAUGGUCACAAUUUACAUGAAUGAAUAUCCAAAGUUUAAGUUUGCAGUAUUAGCAUGUCUAGCAAUAUAUGUGUUAGUGCACAGGGAGUGACAUUAUUAUCUGAUCUGAUGUGUUGUUGGAGACGAAGACAGACUGUGGGAGAAUCACAUGGGUUCAGUGAAUGUGAUUUAAUUUUAUGAUUAAAUGAGGUUUCUCUAGUGUAUAAUAUAUUUGUUUUAUGUCUCA